AUUGUUGUGCGUGGCAUGGCUACAACUGCGGCAAGUGCAGCCUCCACAAGGACCUCGACUCAAAUCACAACGAUAGCCAGUCACGCCGCAGAUUACACGCCAGUCACGACCACGCCCACUGAGGUCACAGCCACCAUGUCCACACAGGUCAUGCCUGUGGGCAUGCCAACGUUGCGUCUGCCACAUCAUCUGCCGCUGCUCGGUGGCAUAGACUAUGCUGGCCAAAAAACUAUGACCACGGGCAGCGGCAACGUUGCACAGCCGACGGCAGCGGCUCCCACAGCGCUUACGCACAGCCACUGCUCGUCCAGUUCUGUGGCUCCUGGUACACCACCCGCUCCCACGUUGGCUCUCUUUGCAGGCAACGGCAACGGACCUCCGGGAUCGGCGGCAGCUACCAAUCUCAGCGCCCUGGCCUCACAGCAUCGUCUGCUGGAACUGUCACGCUUUGGACUACGGGGUUACGAUCUGGCGCAGCACAUGCUUUCCCAGCAAGGUGCAGUCUCUAAGCUGCUGGGCACACUGCGUCCACCGGGUCUGAUUGGUGGCUCCAAGCCCAAGGUGGCCACACCAACAGUUGUCUCAAAGAUCGAGCAAUAUAAACGCGAAAAUCCAACGAUAUUCGCGUGGGAAAUACGCGAGAGACUGAUUACCGAAGGUGUCUGCACAAAUGCCACAGCUCCUUCGGUGAGCAGCAUCAACCGCAUCCUGAGGAAUCGAGCCGCAGAGCGUGCAGCAGCGGAGUUUGCACGAGCUGCCAGUUAUGGAUAUGCCCUGCAUCCCACACAUCCGCAUCCACAUCCGUAUACGAGUUUUCCGACUUGGCCAGCGACGUUGCCGGGUCACCAUCCACUUUGGAGUGCUGUGCCCUUGCCAGGAAGCAGCUCCUUGCCGGGAAGCAGCUACAGCAACUCCGACGGCAACUCGAAUCCCAAUACGAAUAACCACAGCUCCAGUGUCUGUGGUGGCAGCAGCGCCGGCAGUGGACGUCUAUCGUUGCCAGCUCUAUCGCCGGGAUCGGGCAGCAGGGACAGUCAAUCGCCGGAUGUGGAUGCCAAUCGCAUGAUCGACAUUGAGGGUGAAGAUUCGGACUCGGAGGACAGUGAUCAGCCGAAGUUUCGUCGCAAUCGCACAACGUUCAGUCCGGAGCAGCUGGAUGAACUGGAGAAGGAGUUCGAGAAGUCGCAUUAUCCGUGCGUGAGCACGCGAGAGAAGCUUGCGGCACGCACAUCCUUAAGUGAGGCAAGAAUCCAGGUUUGGUUUUCCAACAGACGAGCGAAAUGGCGACGUCAUCAACGGGUCAAUUUGCUGAAACAGCGCGACUCGGCCUCAGCAUCGGCAUCGACAUCCCCGACGCCGCCGCAAAUCCAACCCGCAGCAGGAUUGGGUGCACUGCCUCUAACCGGGAGCACUACGAGGGAACACAGUCCACAGUCCAGUUACCAAUUUGCUCAACAUCCCGCCGCCUAUCAGCACACGGCACAAGAGCGCAGCACUCGGAGCACCCUCAUCUCCAGCACCAGCAGCAUAAGCCCUACGGUCCGAGACCCCGAUCCGGCGACAGGAACAGGAACACCAACAGCACCGCCGCCUGCCUCACACACAGCAUCAGUUCCAUUAUUAAUGGGCGGUGAGCAUAGUGCAUUUCGUACUGCUCUGCCCACAUCUUCAGGAUCAGCCUCUUCCACCGCUUCAGCCUCCGCCUCCGCUGCUGCAUUUGCUCUGAACUUUGCCCGUCAAUAUUUGUGGCGACAUAUGGCAACGCCGCAGAAGGAGCCGAGUGCGGAGGAGCUGGAGGAGGAUGAGAUCAAUGUGGAUGCAGAGACGGAAACCGAAUCGGAGGCUAACUAAAAAGCAGUGCAAUUCAAAUCAACUGUACCACAAGGAUAUGCCCUAGAAAAUAUAUUUGUAAUAUGUGAAUAUCCUUCAAUAUCUAUCAGUUUCAUUUUCCUAACGCAAUUUAGUGCAAUUUUUACAACUCUACUCGUAAUUUAUUCAGUUUCUAUAUCUACACGCAUAAAUAAUACACGUGCUGAGUACAAAUAAAGAAUGAAUCAAUGGACAUAUAAAUACAAUCAUUCGUGUACAUACAUAUAUGUGUGAUUGUAUCUGUGUGCCUAUAAAACAAUAUAAAAUGUUUGUGAAAUUCUCACGGGUUUUGUAUAAUUGGUCGGGAAUUCAAGAGUUGACACCCAUUGAAAGAGGAUCGGUAAAGAGCAGAGUCCAGAGCGAGA